AUGGACCCCUCACGUCGAGGCCAGCCUCGCCUCUCCGUACGCCUUCCCUCCGUCAACCUCGCGUCCGACAUCAGCAACACGGUCGUCCCCCUCCCAGACCUGCCACCCAUCUCGGCGCUCUUUCUAAUCGACUUUGACGUCAAAGCCGGUUACACAAUCGCCUGGAAGCAGGCUGCCCCCGGCAUCGAGCUCGAGGGUCUCGUCGAGUACAAAAGCUUGCCAUCCGGCCUGCACACGGUCUCCGAUGAUCUCAUCUAUUUCGUCCACGAAGGUGCCCAUGCAGGGCUGAGCGCCUUCGUCAACAUGCCCUGCGACGAAGAGGAUGCCCGCAAUGCGCGCAUGAUUGCCGUCGGUGUUCUCGUGCCCCUAAGCUAUGGAAGGCUAGGCCGCGCCUGGCGUCAUGCCGACGGGCUCAAGGAGCUGGCAGUCAAGCUGGCAGAGGACCGCAAGCGGACCGGCCUCCUCGAGGCAUACUGGUCAAAAGCCAAGAGCCAGGAGGAACCAGUGCCGGAUCUGCCCCGGACCGACGCUCUCCUCGAAUCGCCUCUCGUGGGCGCGCACACGCCCAAGUUGAAGCAGCGUUUGCGACCGCUCUUCUCCAUCGGCGUCCACGACAUCAAUUUCUUGCAAGAAGAUUUCGAAGCCUCCAAGCGCCCGAGGACGAAAACGGACGACAAUGUGGCUAACGAAGCGGGUACUGGCUGGGUUGCUUGCACGACCGAUAGCAUCCUGGCCAUGAAGGAUACGCUGUGGGACAUGCUGAUUACCAUGCCACCCCCGUAUGCGCCCAAUGCAAAGGAAAGGGUCUGGCCGACAGUGGAAUGUCCCCAGGGUGUUCCGGUUCGGGCGACCCAGCGUGAUCUCCGUCGGUUCCGUGCCCUCAAGGGUGGGCUUUCUCGCCUGAAGACGACAACGCCGGGGCCCCGUCCCGCCGCUGAGAGCCCCCCCGCAGAACACACGCCAGGCAUCCAUCUCACGACGGGUGCCUUUCCCAGCACAGGCGUCGAUUCGGACGAGGCGCUCGAUAAGAUUGUCGAGCCAAUCAGUUGGACGGCGCUUGCCUAUAGUGGCUUCCUCUGGUGGGCAAGCGCAGGUGAGCAGGGUCGCAGCGACGAACAGGAGGAGGCAGCACUGGAUGCGUCUCUACUGGCAGAUCUGGGCCCUUCGACGCCGAGCAUGUCGGCGCCAUCAUCAGGCCGAAGGCUGAGCGGCGGUAUGGGUGACUCGGUCAAUUCCCUGGCCGGACGUCGAGCUACGCUGUCGACCGAUGACGACGAAGCCAGGACGGAGCUAGCCAUCAUAGCCUACUUUCACCGCCUCACGACACAGAUGCUGUCAGUCAUGGCAGACGCCGUGGACAACUCGGAGCAGGAGCGCUACGAGGAUGACGAGGACGAAGACACAGAUGCCGCGGUUGACGAAAGCGAGGAAAGCAGUCCGCUCCAGCGGGGCGUGACUGGCAGGGAAGAGCUCGGCCCAGUCCAGCUCGGCAGUCACGCCGUGGAGAGCAUGGGCCUCGAUGUUUGGAACGGUCACGACGCCCACUUUGUCCGCGAGCUAGCGGCACUGUACUUUGAUCGCGAAGUACGCAUCGAGGGCAAGGGGGUUGAAGUUUGCGGGGUACGCGUGUGUUAG